GAGGAACUCACUGGUAAAAGAGAGUUGCCUUCCAGUAACCGCUAUCUGCUUGCAGCGUUUACAUGAGAGUCCGGGUGUGAGCCUGCCUGAGAGGGGAAAAAAAAAGGACGCUCACAAAGGCAACGUGAACAUCAAUUGCCGUAGAUCGGAGAAGGUCUUCUGCGUGGAUUAGGUCUCAUCUGCCCAGCUGCUUCGCUGGGUAAGACCAUGCACUGUGGAGACAUGAGCAGACUAAGGAGGAUGUGAAGAUGUCCCAGACCACUGCUAAAACAUGGUGCCUUAGGCUUCUCCCAAUUCUCGUCUUCUUCAUCUCCUUUGUCACAUACUACUACUCCUUCGCCGUACCCCAGAGUUAUGGCGGUCAAAGUAAGAUUCUGAGCAGUAGCAAGUCGCUGUGUGGAGGCUGGCUUACUCGACAAAAGUGGGAGAGCCUUAACUUUAACAUCAGCAGACAGACGCAACUUUUUCUGAAACUGAAGGAUUUCUUCUGGAGGCAGCAUCUGUCCAAGCUGCCUUUACCUUACGGCAUUAAAGGCAGUGAGUUGCUGCUACUCAAAGUUCUUGCUGUUUCUUCCAAUUACGAUGUGCCAGCCAAAAUUGAAAACCUUGAGUGCAGAACCUGCGCAGUUAUCGGCAAUGGCUUUGUCAUUAAAAACAGCUCCUUGGGAAGCAUCAUCAAUAAAUACGAUGUUGUCAUUAGGUUGAAUGAUGCUCCUGUAAGAGGCUAUGAGGAGGAUGUGGGAAACAAGACCACCAUGAGGUUCUUCUACCCCGAGUCCGCCUCCUCUAACCCUGCACUGCAUAACGACCCGGACACACUCAUGGUCCUAGUGCCUUUCAAACAACAAGACCUACGCUGGCUCAAAGAGAUAAUCUAUAAUGAAAAAAGGGUUAGGAAAGGUUUCUGGAAGCCCCCGCCCCAAAUCUGGUUGGGUGAUGUCAGUAAAAUCCGAGUACUGGACCCCCAUUUUCUGUACCAGACGGCAGAUAAACUUCUCAAGAUUCAUUCUGAAAAGGGAAAACAGAUUUUUGUUCACCCUACUACUGGCAUCCUAGCUGUCUAUGUUGCGCUCAACUACUGUGAUGUGGUCCACAUCGCUGGAUUUGGAUAUCCCAAUUCAAAUAAUCUGUGGCAACCCAUCCACUACUAUGGACACGACAUCAUGAAAUCCAUGAAGAAUUCCUACCACGAUCUCAACCUUGAAGCCAAAGCCUUAAAAAAACUGGAGGAUUCAGGAGCCAUUCUUUACUUACACCCACAUUUAUGAUAACACUUUUCCAAGUAAAGUCCCAUUUCUGAUAACAUUUAUCACAAAUAUAGAUCUUUGGAUCUUAAUUUGACAAAGUGCCUUUGGGAACCUUGAGUUUGCACUCUAAAUCUCUCUACAAUACUUUGCCUCUUAAAGGUUUCACUCAGGCUCUGUAUUUUGCAUAUUGUUUAAUUUGCAUGACAAUCUUUAACUCUGGAAACAAAUUUGUUGUGCGGGAGACCCUUGUUCCAGAAGGUACAACGUUAAUCUGUUGCAUUGUUUCUCCAGUUCUUGCAGUGGACUGGAUUCGUUCAGGCAGUGUUGUUGGAAACAACCUUUGCAAACCUCAUCUGAGGAUUUGUUACAAUCAUGCUCUGGAUUUGUUCUCCUAUAAAGUUUAAAACUGUGUGAACCUGUUAUUUCAUUUUCUGAGAACAAAAACAAGAGUUUUUCAGUGUAACUAUGUGUUUGGGGUGUAUGGGGAUUCACGUUCAGUUAUUUCUUUGGGUUAAACUGCUCACACUUGACAAAAUUAACCUCACUUCUCUUUCCCGUUACUUCAGUGAGUAAUACCAGCUGCAGUUAGCUUAUUUGUCAUGUGGUGAUUUAUUGUAAUUUAUUUAGUUCAGAGAAAAAGGCUCCACUGGAUUUUUUUUCUUUUGUAUGUACAAAUUUUGUGCA